CCCCUCAGUAUUUUAAGCUCUAAAUAUUCAGGAUUUGGGACUUACAUCUUUCUUCUUCUUUCUUUAAUUUUUUGCGAUACCUUCACUCCCUUAUCCCUGACUACCCGCCGGUCGAAAUUCAAUCCCUAAUUUCGAUCUACUUGAAUGUCGUAGUGACAUCAUAGGUUAAGAUCCCCACUCAAUCGGUAGCCAUUUUGGUCACCAAAUACGUCAAGACGCAAUGGCGUUUUAUUUGAGUCUUUCCUCGCCUUCAGUCCUUGUGUUUAUCCUGGGCUUCAUCCAUUUCUGGCCUUACACAGCGGCAGCUGUUAACUGCAGUAAAUACAGCGGAAUGGAGUGUAAAGAUUGCAUUGAACAGUCUGGGUGUAUGUACUGCAAGCCAACCAAAAUAUGCGAAGCAGGUGAUUUGAUAAAGAACACACUCCAAAAGUCUUGUGAAGGUCAGGAGUGGAUGAAAGAACAGUGUCUCGUCACCGGAAAAAUUCUUCUCAUUGCCCUUCCUGUGGCGGGUUUUGUGGCGCUUGUGACAAUAGGAUGUUGUAUCUACUGCUGCUGUUGUCGAACAAAGAAAGCAAGGGGAGGGACUGACAAGGAUGAGGCCAAGUCUCGUCGGAAGAGAAAAAAAAUAGCCAGUAAACAUGAGGAAAGGGAAAAAGAGAGGAAAGAGAAACGCGACGAAAUAAGAAAAAAAUACAGUAAGUGAAUAGAUUGUAAGUGAGCCUAGACCAAUUCUAGUAAGGAUAACAUAAAAAGGGAUGAGGGGACAUUUCCCAAUAUUGUACUCCUGAAUGAAACAAGAUACCGAAAAACUUAAUCUUACGAACUAA